CUGGGUGGGCUCCAUGCCUCGAUCCAUCUAUCUUUCUCUUCUCCAAUUCAACAAAAGUUGCAAAAACGCUCCAAGUUUCACUUCUGCUUCAUCAAUAAGUAUGUUUUCUGACGAUAGCGACGAAUCUCAACCCUCUAACCCCACCUGCUCUUCCAUAGAAUUGUCACAACAGGCAUGCCGUCUGUUUGAAUUCGCUGAGAUUCUCUUAGCAACCAAUAAUUUUGCCGAAUCAUUAGUAAUUGGGCGUGGGGGGUUUGGAAAAGUUUACAAAGGUAACAUCAUCACUGGAUCAAGUAUUUCCGUGGCUGCCAUUAAACGGUUGGAUCCUAUGUCUAGUCAAGGGGCAUCAGAGUUUUGGGCGGAGGUUCAGAUGCUUUCCAACUACCAUCACCCUCACCUUGCGUCUUUGUUUGGUUAUUGUAAUUAUGAAAAAGAGAUGAUCCUUGUGUACGAAUAUAUGCCAAAUGGAACACUCGAAGACCACCUCCACAAACUUGGUACCCCUCUUUCUUGGUUUCUGCGACUCAAGAUCUGUGUAGCUUCCGCUCGUGGGUUACACUACCUACAUACUGGUACAGGGAUUAAUGUCGGGGUUAUACAUCGCGAUGUGAAGAGUUCCAAUAUUCUGUUAGAUGAAAGAUGGGAGGCGAAAAUAUCAGACUUUGGGUUGUCUAAAAUAGGUCCAACGAAUCAGCCAUUGACAUAUGUCGACACACGUGUUAAAGGCACUUUUGGGUAUCUAGAUCCUGAUUACUCGUUUACUGGAAGGCUGACAAGGAAAUCUGAUGUCUAUGCUUUUGGGGUGGUUUUGUUAGAAGUUCUUUGUCGGAGACCUGCACUGGAUUUGAGACUUGAUGAAGAGCAACAUAAUUUAGCAAGAUGGGCUCAAGAAUCUAUCAAGGAAGGCAAUCUAAAACAUAUAAUUGAUUCUGGUAUAAGGAAUCAAAUCUCCCCGAAAAGUUUGAAAGAGUUUGUUCGAAUUGCUGGGAGAUGUUUGCACAACAAGCAAAAGGAGCGUCCUACAAUGGCUGAGGUUUUGUUCAGUCUUGAGUCUCUACUGACCAUUCAACAGAACAUGAAUAGUCCGUUGCAACCUUCACAGAGAACAAUACUUGGUAGAGUGGUUGACAAGUUGACCUUCACCUCCAACAUAGAGAACUCCGGCAAAAGAAUAUUUGGUAGAACGGCUGUCUCUGUCAUAGAGCGCUCAUACCCAUGCCGUAAGUUCGAAUUUGCUGAGAUUCUCAUAGCAACCAAUAACUUUGACGAAUCAUUAGUAAUUGCGCGUGGCAGGUCUGGAAAACUUUACAAAGGUCUUAUUGUCAGUGAACCAAGUCAUGUCGUUGCUUCCAUUAAGCGGUUGGGUUCCAUGUCAAGUCAAGGGGCAUCAGAGUUUUGGGCGGAAGUUGAACUGCUUUCCAGGUUGCGUCACAGUCAUCUUGUGUCUUUUUUUGGUUAUUGUAAUCAUGAAGAUGAAAUGAUACUGGUAUAUGAAUAUAUGCCAAAUGGAACGCUAGAAGACCACCUACAUAAGCUUGGUACCCCUCUUUCAUGGCUUCAACGACUCAAGAUCUGCAUAAGUGCAGCUCGUGGGUUAGACUAUCUUCACACUGGUACAGGGAUUGAUUUUGGGGUUAUACAUCGUGAUGUCAACAGCUCCAAUAUUUUGUUACAUGAAAGUUGGGCUGCUAAAAUUUCAGAUUUUGGCUUGUCCAAAAUAGUUGCAACGAAUCAGCCAUCAACUAAUGAUGAUUUUGCUUAUGUCACCACAUGUGUUGUAGGCACUUUGGGGUAUUUGGAUCCAGAGUAUUACAUGAGUAGUAGGCUGACAACGAAGUCUGAUGUUUAUUCUUUUGGUGUGGUAUUGUUGGAAAUGCUCUGUCGGAGGCAUGUCAUUAAUAGAGAUGAUGACUCAGAGAUAUAUAGUUUGGUACAACUGGCUCACGAAUUUAUCGAACAGGAUAAUCUAAAUCAGAUAGUUGAUUUAGGUAUAAGGGAUCAAAUAUCCCCAGAUUGUUUGAAGAAGUUUGCUCAAAUUGUUGAGGGAUGUUUGCAUAUCGAAUCAAAGAAGCGUCCAACAAUGGCUGAUGUUGUAUUCGAUCUUCAGUCUGUAUUGACUAUACAAGAGAAAACGAAUAGUUUAUUGCAGCCGCAUUCAGAACAAUGAUUGUGGAAUACUGGAAUGGUUGAUAACAAAAGAGCAGACCCUCAAAGAAAAGAUAAGAAUGCCAUACUCAGGUAUUUCAAACUCUCCUAUUGAAUUGUUUGGAAUUGUUUGUAAUCAGCAAAACAUUAAUGAAAACACAAGAAUGGCAUCUUCAUUGUCAUAAAACUGGAGUACUCAUGCAUUAAAGAUAAUUUAUGUUGAGUUGUA